AAACCCCGUAAGCCAUUAAGAAGUUAGGGGGGCGUUUUCGGCUUCCAGUCAGGAAUAAUACUGGCUUCGUAGCAACUACCGAGGAGGAGGAUUCUAAAACCACCUCACCCGUCCCAAAGCCCGCAUCCCCCUCCUUCUGCCACGCACCCCUCCCCCAAUUCAUGACCAAGAAAAGAAGAGAGAGCCAGGGCACGCUCUGCUCCUCUCUGCGGGUGGGAAGCAGAGAGGCCCGCGGAGAGGCUUAGUUGGACGGUAGGCAUGAGUACAAUUAAGAGGUGGGCGCCUCCGCACGCUUUGCUGCCAGCGGGGACUGAAGGUAGGUGAAGCGGAACACGCCCUGCGCCCGCCCAUCGGCGCCCGGAGCUCUACGGCGGAGGGGGAGAGGCCGGGCGCCUCCCGCCCCCCGGUGCCUGCGAGGGGCUGUCGCGAAUGUGCCACCUGUUAACCUGGCGCAGCCGUGCCCGGCGUGUUGCCGCCCCUGCUGGGCAGGGAGAGCGCUGGGUCGCCUCCUCGGCAGUCCUGAGGGACUUGAUGUUGGCCUGAAAGAGUUGCCCGGCAUUCCUGUUCUUCCCAAAGCGGCUCGGAGCCACCCCAAGGGCCGCGGGACUGAAAGCAAACGUCGGGGAUUAUGUCGAUUUCCCGAGAACCGGGGUUCGCAGCGCGGAACCGAAGGAAAGGCUAGCUCCUCGGAGGUCCCGCCGGCAUUUGAUACCCAGCGACGCCUAGGAUUGCCCAGAUCGCCUGCGGUGGAUCAGCAACUUUCCUCUACUCGCAUCCCAUAUUUUUAAAGAAAAAAUUUUCUGUUCGCCGCGUUGGUCUUUUACUGCCAUCAAAACACUGAAGCAAAGACUUCAGUCUCGUCAAAGUAUGCUUUAUAUUUUUGCCAAAUAUGAUCUCUAAUUGAAAGUUUAUUUUUGGUUUUGGAUGAAUCUGUGGAACUUAUGUUGUAAGAAGAAAGGGGGAACGAGACACGAUGAAAGAGAAGUCCAAAAAUGCUGCCCGGACUAGGAGGGAGAAGGAAAACAGUGAAUUUUAUGAACUGGCUAAAUUACUGCCUUUGCCCUCAGCUAUCACCUCGCAGCUGGACAAAGCAUCCAUAAUCAGGCUCACCACCAGCUAUCUCAAAAUGAGAGUAGUGUUCCCAGAAGGGCUCGGCGAAGCGUGGGGCCACUCGAGCAGGACCAGCCCCCUGGACAACGUAGGCCGCGAACUGGGCUCCCACUUGCUCCAGACCUUGGAUGGCUUCAUCUUUGUGGUGGCCCCAGAUGGGAAGAUCAUGUACAUCUCGGAGACAGCCUCAGUCCACCUGGGUCUUUCUCAGGUAGAGCUGACCGGGAACAGCAUUUACGAAUACAUCCACCCUGCGGACCACGACGAGAUGACGGCGGUGCUCACGGCCCACCAGCCCUACCACUCUCACUUCGUCCAGGAGUACGAGAUCGAGCGCUCCUUCUUCCUGAGGAUGAAGUGCGUCUUGGCCAAGAGGAACGCGGGCCUCACCUGCGGCGGCUACAAGGUCAUUCACUGCAGCGGAUACCUGAAGAUCCGCCAGUACAGCCUGGACAUGUCCCCCUUCGACGGCUGCUACCAGAACGUGGGCCUGGUGGCCGUGGGCCACUCGCUGCCUCCCAGCGCCGUCACGGAGAUCAAGCUGCACAGCAACAUGUUCAUGUUCCGCGCCAGCCUGGACAUGAAGCUCAUCUUCCUGGACUCCAGAGUGGCGGAGCUGACGGGGUACGAGCCUCAGGACCUGAUUGAGAAGACCCUGUACCACCACGUGCACGGCUGCGACACCUUCCACCUGCGCUGCGCCCACCACCUGCUGCUGGUAAAGGGGCAGGUGACCACCAAAUACUACCGGUUCCUGGCGAAGCACGGCGGCUGGGUGUGGGUGCAGAGCUAUGCGACCAUCGUGCACAACAGCCGCUCGUCCAGGCCGCACUGUAUCGUCAGCGUCAACUAUGUCCUCACAGACACGGAAUACAAAGGGCUGCAGCUCUCCCUGGAUCAGAUCUCAGCCUCCAAACCAGCCUUCUCCUAUGCAGGCAGCUCCACUCCUGCCAUGACUGACAGCAGAAAGGGGGCCAAGUCCAGGCUUUCCAGCUCAAAGUCAAAGUCCAGGACUUCCCCAUACCCUCAGUACUCGGGAUUUCCCGCGGAAAGAUCUGAAUCUGAUCACGACAGCCAGUGGGGCGGCAGUCCGCUGACAGACGCGGCCUCCCCGCAGCUGCUGGACCCCGCGGACCGGCCGGGCUCUCAGCACGACGCGUCGUGCGCCUACAGGCAGUUCUCGGAACGCGGCUCUCUCUGCUACGGCUUCGCGCUCGACCCCUCCAGGCUGGUGGAGGAGAGGCAUUUCCACACCCAGGCCUGCGAGGGCGGCCGGUGUGAGGCAGGCAGGUACUUCCUGGGAGCGCCGCAGGCGGGGAGGGAGCCCUGGUGGGGCUCUCGCGCAGCCUUGCCCCUGACCAAGGCCUCCCCGGAAAGCAGAGAAGCCUAUGAGAGCAGCAUGCCUCACAUCGCCUCGGUCCACAGGAUCCACGGACGAGGUCAUUGGGAUGAAGAUAGUGUGGUCAGUUCUCCAGACCCUGGGUCUGCCAGCGAAUCAGGUGACCGAUAUCGCACUGAGCAGUAUCAAAGUAGCCCACAUGAACCUAGCAAAAUCGAAACUCUGAUCAGAGCCACCCAGCAAAUGAUUAAAGAAGAAGAGAACAGGUUGCAGCUGAGGAAAGCCCCCCCAGACCAACUGGCUUCCAUUAAUGGAGCUGGGAAAAAACACUCCCUCUGUUUUGCAAACUACCAGCAGCCCCCAACGACAGGCGAAGUCUGCCACAGCUCUGCUCUUGCCAACACUUCACCAUGUGACCACAUCCAGCAGAGAGAGGGAAAGAUGCUGAGCCCCCGAGAAAAUGACUACGACAACAGUCCCACAGCACUGUCGCGGAUAAGUAGUCCUAAUUCGGAUCGCAUUUCCAAAUCCAGUUUGAUCCUAGCUAAAGACUAUCUACAUUCGGAUAUGUCUCCUCAUCAGACGGCAGGAGACCAUCCUGCCAUCUCUCCAAACUGCUUUGGCUCUCACCGGCAGUAUUUUGAUAAGCAUGCUUACACAUUAACUGGAUACGCCCUGGAGCACUUAUAUGAUAGCGAAACCAUUAGAAACUAUUCCUUGGGCUGUAAUGGCUCGCACUUUGAUGUAACUUCCCAUCUAAGGAUGCAGCCGGAUCCAGCACAAGGACACAAGGGAACAUCUGUUAUAAUAACCAAUGGAAGCUGAUGUUUUUUCUAAAAUACUUUGUUCUUUAAGGAUCUCUGAAACAUAUUUAUCAUUUAAUGCCCCAUUACCAGCAUUUACAAUGCCACAGAUUGUUAGAGUGGAUAAUUUAAGUUACUGGGUAUUUGACAUGUGUUCUUGUGAAAUCAAAGAUAACAGCACUGGCAUUCAGGGUUAUAUACAGAUAAUGGAGCUAAAGUGAAUACACAAAUUGCCCCUCUAUUUAUAUGGGAACCAGAAUAGAUAAAUUUUGAAUUGAAAAAUACUUGUGUAGAUUACGUGAGCAUAUAUAUCACAUGAAAGGACCGAUGGAUGACAACAAUCAUUAUGAUGAUCCAGUGAACUUCAUACACACAGACCACUAUCCACAAACUGCUAUAUAUACUUUACAUAUGGAAAUAUAGACUAUAUACCGUAAAUAUACCCCAAGUGGGUAAGUUUCCUUAACCCUAGCACAUUAUGCAUCUUAAAGAAAUUUCCAUUCCCAAAAUAACUAAGAAAGAGAUAUAUCUUGUAAACUGGUUUCUUCUUUGUGGUUUCAACCAUCCAGCUCAUUUGGUUCAGGCAUAAAUUAGGGAAAUGGUUCUGGAUAUGAUACAAGAAUGAGUUUUCACCUGGCAUCCAUUAUAAGCAAUCAGGAAGUGGUGAUUUUUCACCUUACUUUUGAGUUAGACAAAGAACAGGAUCACGCUGACAUAGCAGUAAGGGUUUUUCUAAGUAAAAACACUGAGAUAUUGGGACACACAUCAAAAGCCUGGUGUGCCCAACUGGAAAUAGAUUAGUAGAGAUGGAAAGGCCAGAGGCAGAGAAAAAUGAAAUGAUAUCUCAAAACAAACAAUUUCAGGGUCAACAUAUGUAAUCAACAUAUUUGGGGCUUGUAAAACUAACCAAAUAAAAAUUCAAACUAAUUCACCAAGAAAAAAAGGCUGAUAAGUGCAAAAAAAAAACAACCACAAAAAAAAAAAAACUAAGGGAAACCAGUGAAGUGCUACAUGACAGCAGUGUAAGUGUUUGAAUACAUUUCAAAGCACAGAUGUGCAAAUGUGACAUGUGGAAAGCCUCAGGAGAGAGUCUAAGAUAAAAGCCUAGGCUGACAGACAAGUGGUUAGAAGGGUAUGAGUAGUACUCUGACUGAAGGAACAGGCAAAGCAUUCAUUUUUCCAUAUCGUUUGUAAACAGCAAAAACAAACUUGGUCUUAAGUUCAUGUGAUACAGUAGAAAGACCAGCAGACUAGAUGCCGAGAUCUCUGAGUUCCAUUUUGACCCUGCCUGUAACUUAUUUUGGGAGCACAGAUGUAUCACUGACCACACCUGGGCCCCAAUUUCUUUAUCCGUAUGGCAGCUCUAAAGUUCCAAGGUUCUGUGGUUCGUUCAUGCAGCAGUACUGAACUUGUUAACCAGUUAUCUCUCUGCUGUGAGUUGUCAAGGCUCAUCAUUCUGGCUUACCUGCACUCAUACAGAGGUCUAGAUGCUUUGAAACUUGAGCAGGUGCUUGGGCUCUUUUAGGCAUAUUAUAGUUACAAUCAGCUUUCUAGUUCAGCCGAGAUAUAGAUGGUAGAAACUGAUGAGGGAGAAGAAAAAUAAGUAAGAUUUAUUUAACGCAUCAUUCUCCAGUAAUCAAAGCAAAGUGACAUAAGUGAUUAGAGAAAUUUUAUAGAAAAUAUUUCCUAGGAGUCCCAUGCUGGAAACUCUUGCCAUAUGGAAGGGGGGAGGGAGGUAUUAGAACUUACAUUUUGAAGACAGAACAUGACAUUGAACACUCAGGGAUUGGUACUAUAUUUUCGUCAUUUAACACAGUUAUUUGGCAGUCCAGAGGCAGGUGACAAUCUGAAUGAUGGUAAUCUGAGAGAUGAAUACUUGGUUGUUUGUACGUGAGAAAGGAGGCUACAUAAAAUUAAAUAAAUAGCUCUUGGGUAUGACAGCAACAUUUGUGCUGUAAAUGAAAAAGGUGCACGUGAGUGAGAAAGUUAGUGGUUAUCAUAUAUACUUUCAAAAAUGUUAAAAGAACAACAAAAACUAAAAUUUGAACUAUACAAGCAAAAGUAUUUAUGGAAAACCUUGGAACACUUAAAAUGGAUUUUUGAUCAAUUUGCAACAUGAAGUAAGAUUUUAGGAAUGCUAAAGUUUUUUCAGAAUUCUGUAGAUGGACAAAUGGUCCAAAGGCACAGAUAUCUCAAGAAUAUGGUGCAUUUUGGAAAGGAAAUCUACACAGAUGGGUUUUACUAAUGGAUACACAUUCUACCAAAAAUGUCAAGGACAGAUGGUAUAAAAGAAAUGGAAUCUUAAGAAUCAAGAAAAUGAAUUGAUAUGAAAGAAAACACUGUCAAAGUAAUUUCAGUGGGAUUUUUCUAUGGAAGAUAGUUAACUGAUGAAAGAAAUAAAUUAUGAAGUCUACAAUUAGGGGGUAGUCAGAAGGAAUAAUGCUCUUUAAAAUGGUAUGACCAAUAUUUUUAAGUGAAGACAAUUAACUGAAUUAAUUGAUUCAUCUUGAUUAAAUUUUUGGUAGAUUGAUCCAGUUUCAAACACAACCUAUUUAUUUAAUUCAUGUGUCAAUAAUUUUAUGGUAGCAGCUUUAUUACAUUACAUAU